GAAAAUGCAAAAUGCCUCACCUGAUGACAUCUCUCGACGGGAGCCUCCAGGUGGAGCCAGUUUCUUUAUGUUAAGUGCACAAGGCGCCAAACUCUUGCUGGUCAUUUUCCGGUCUGUCUGCGAGGGAGAAUGAGGCGGGUGCACUUGGUGGUGUCCCUGGGGCUGCUGAUUGCAGUGCAUGGCCUGCUCGUGAGCUCCAGCAACCAAUUUGCCGUGAACCUAUACGAGGUGUUGCACAAGGAAGAGAGCAACUUGUGUUUCUCACCGUCGAGCAUCGCUUGGACGCUGUCUGCUCUGUACCAGGGAUCUCGAGGACUGACGGCCUACGAGUUGGCUACAGUCCUGGGCUACGAUCGUUCUCAGGGGAUCGACAAGCAAUUGGGCAAGGCUCCAGAAUGGACGUCUCUCUUGCUGCAAGAGGGAUUCAAAGUCUUGCCGAAUUACACCGCCAUCCUGCGAGACGUGUACAGCACAGAGGUUCGAGUGGCCGACCUCGGCAACCCCGACACUGUCGCCGCCAUCAACGAACAAGUUUCCAACGUCACCAACGGACAUAUCCAGCAACUCUUCUCCGGUCCUCUUCCACCUACCUCGCGCAUGCUCCUGCUGAGCGCCACCUAUUUCAAAGAAACGUGGCAAACGCAGUUCGACCCUUCCAAGACAUACCGUGGCCUUUUCUACAACUUUCGCGGCGAUCCCGUCGAGACGGACCUGAUGUACACCCGAAUGCGAGCGCCCGUCGGCCGUCACGGUGGCUUCCAGGGGCUCCUGUUGCGUUACGCGGGCGGAACCCACGACGCCCUCGUCAUCCUGCCCCAAAAGCGCUUCGGUCAUCGACGACUCAGCAUUAAAUUGGUGGAACAACUGCUAGCGUCGCUGGAAGAACGCGAGGUAGACGUCGUGCUGCCGCGCUUCAAGAUCGAGUCCAGCGUUCCCCUCAAGUCUUACGCUGCGGACCUGGGGAUGCCGUCCGCCUUUCUGGAGAGCGUCGCCGAUCUUUCGGGGAUCACCGGUAGCAGGGACCUGUAUGUGACGGAGUUUCUUCACCGUGCCGCCAUUGUGGUGAACGAGGAGGGAACGGAAGCCGCUACCGUGACGGCGUUAACCGCGGGUCUUCGGAAACGUCCCAAUGUGGCGCAUUUCGUGGCUGACUACCCGUUCGUGCUCCUCGUCCGCGAUGCCCCCACUGGGCUUUGGUUGUUCGUCGCGUACCUUAGCAAUCUGUGACCUUCCGGGUGAUUCCCCAAAAUGUCUUCAUUCGCCUUUGUAGUACCCCACCGAGUAUAGCAAUAAAGAACCUCCCAGAUGAUGAA